AGUUGAGUUUUGAAGUCGGAGUCGCGAGGAGGUGUACGCGUGAACUUUUUUUUCUUCCCCUUCGAUCCGUCAGUUCCGUGCGAGAAAAGAUUCCCAAUUUUACCGAUAUUCUACCAAGUCGGCGCGCGCUGUCCUUCCGGGUACCCGUCACUGGGGUACAGAUUGAAGUGUGUGAUUCCGGUGCGGACAGUUUGACAACGAAAGCCAACUCAACUCCGGGGGUAGCCGUGAAUUCCGUCGUCUCCUGUCAAGUCAAGUUCGGUCGGUCGGUCGGUCUAGUUCGGCCAUGUUGCUUCGAGGAAAAAAAUAAAUUUGUACAAGAGGUACAAUCCCUCCUGGACGGAGUUUCGGGUUUCGACGGCGGGGGCCCCGGUGGCCACCGGGAGUUUGUGGGAGGACCAGCUCGAGCUACGGGAACGUCGGCAGAAUUUUGUGCUUGUUCAGCUUGGAAGAAGUAGUGUAAAGCCUAAUUUGCUGAUUUGUGGAAAAUUCAAAAUAAAUUAAAUAUUGGUAAAAAAUAACACCCAACAAAUCGUAGAUGAUUGGUGAAUGUGUAAAUUUUAUUACGCGCACCUCGCUUUCAUGUGUGUGUGUUUUUUGAGAGUUUGUGUGUGAAAGGUCGUCUCAUUGAUCAUAGUUCGACUGGUUGACGCUCCGGCUGCUUUGUGUACUCUGCUCCUAGCGGUACUGUUUGUGGCUGUGGGUGUGUGCGGGUGCGGGUGUGUGUGCCGUUUUUUAAUACACACACGGAAGACAACUACGGCGAGUUAACCUGCCCUAAAGCAGACAGACAACACGGGCUCUGGAAAUAAGGGCCGCCGAGAUUUUUGAAGAUUUUGCACAUGUUUUGGGGCAACCAGAAUAACAAGAAAUAACUCCGGCUUGCAGAAGAGAGUCCGUGUCGUGUUUAGUGCGUCGUCAUUAGAAUGGCCCUGAAACCGGCCGGGGCCCGCUGGACACCAUGAGGAGGUCACCACCACGGACCACGGUGGCUUCUAGCGGCAGGGCUCGACGACGACGACCAUGGACAACGGGGUGGCCAAGUGCAAACGGGUUGUUUCCGUUCCAGUAGUGGCAACAAAAGUAGAACCAUCCGGCCGGCAGGUCAGCAGCAUCUACGAAACGUGAGCUGCGGCUAGAAAUCUAGAAGGAAGAAAAGAGAGCUGGCGAUGACGAAGAAAUUAGAAUAAUAUGAAAAUAGUUGAAUCGAAGCCAAAAUCUAGUUUAGUGCUGCAGCAAGGAAGGAAAGAAGAAAAAGGCAUAUCGACACGUGGUUGUGAGUGCCGGUGAGCAGCAGCAGCUGUGAAUGAUAGUUGUUUAUCGCGGAAUAAAUAGAACAACACCGCGUGAGGGUGCAGAGAGUGUCGGGCCGGGAUUGUGUAAAGUGAAGUGAGGAAAGCGUUCCGAGGAAAAUUUCUACGUUUAGCAGCACACCGGGCAGCGAAAAUAAACAUCAAAAAUGACCGACCAAAAGGACGUCCUUGCCGGGCUGAACCUGUCCAGUCUGUCGGUGAUCCCGGCGUCCACCCGGCUGCGCGAGCUCGAGUCGCUCAUCAUCGACAACGUUACCUCGAACAACAACCUGAACAGCGCCGGCCUGUCGUCGGAGAAAUUCCUCUCGGUCGAGACGCUGCUCGACACGGCGCUGGUGCUGUACGACGAGUGCUGCAACUCGUCCCUGCGCCGCGAAAAAACCGUCUCGGACUUUAUCGAGCUGAUCAAGUCGGUGGUGCAGUGCAUCAAGCAGCUGAGGCUCGCCCGCGAGGACUUUGAGGUGCUCAAGGUCAUCGGGCGGGGCGCGUUCGGCGAGGUAUGCGUCGUCCGGAUGAAUCACACUAGUCAGAUCUACGCGAUGAAGAUUUUGAACAAAUGGGAAAUGCUAAAGCGUGCCGAGACUGCGUGCUUUCGUGAGGAACGCGAUGUGCUCGUGUUUGGCGAUCGAAGAUGGAUUACAAACUUGCACUAUGCGUUUCAGGACGAUAUCAAUCUGUACCUCGUGAUGGACUACUACUGUGGUGGCGAUUUGCUCACGCUACUCAGCAAGUUCGAGGACCGUCUUCCAGAGGACAUGGCUCGGUUCUACAUUGCCGAGAUGGUCCUCGCCAUUAACAGUAUCCACGAGCUGAAGUACGUCCACCGGGAUAUCAAGCCGGACAAUAUCGUGCUGGACGCGAGUGGUCACGUUCGGUUGGCGGAUUUUGGUUCUUGUUUGAAGCUUGGUCCCCAGGGCACAGUGCAAUCGAACGUGGCCGUGGGGACACCGGACUACAUUUCGCCGGAGAUUCUGCGCGCGAUGGAGGACGGCCAGGGCAAGUACGGUCCGGAGUGCGACUGGUGGUCGUUGGGGGUGUGUAUGUACGAAAUGUUGUUUGGGGAGACGCCGUUCUACGCGGAGAGUUUGGUGGAGACGUAUGGGAAGAUUAUGAACCACAAGAAUUGUUUUGAUUUUCCCAACGACGACGAGGAGUACCAGGUUAGUGAGAAUGCAAAGGAUUUAAUCAAGCGGUUGAUUUGCUCGCCGGAUUACCGGUUGGGCCAGAACGGAAUCGAGGAUUUCAAGUCGCAUCCUUGGUUCGAGGGUAUCGACUGGGAUACCAUACGGAACGGCCAGGCGCCAUACAUACCUGAAGUUUCUAGUCCAACGGAUACGUCCAACUUUGACGUAGAUGAUACGGACAUCAAGUUGUCCGACGCGGUUCCUCCAACGACGAAUCCGGCCUUUUCCGGGCACCAUUUGCCGUUCAUUGGGUUCACGUUCACUAAGGAUAGUUGCAUAUCGGAUGUCGGGAAACUGUCACGUGCCAUUAGCAAUUUAACCAAUAGUCAAUUACAGCAAUCGCUGGCUCCGCUCAAGUUAGAAGGUAGUCAACCGCAGGGAACUGGCGUUGAGAAACGGCUCAGUCCGGACAGCACGCGCAAGCUGCAGGAUGAGAUCAACAUUCUAACCAAGCGGAACUGUGAGCUGGAAAGUCAAAUUAAAAGCUUCGAACGGCAGGAAUUCACCGCCCGAAGCAGCGGGAAUGCCGUCUCGAGUGAUGCGGUCGAUGGCCAGUUAGAUGCUAAGUUGAAAGAGUACGAAAAAAUCAUCCGUCAGCUGCGGCAGGAGAAGGAUGACCUGCAGAAGGAGCAAGCGGACGCACUAGAAAGACUGAAACUACAAGAUAAGGAACUCAAAGACGCUCUUGGUCAGCGCAAGCUGGCGAUGGCCGAAUAUACCGAAGUGACCGACAAACUCUCCGAUCUGAGACAACAGAAGCAAAAACUAUCGCGGCAAGUCCGAGACAAGGAAGAGGAGGUAGAGGUCGCGAUGCAAAAGGUAGACACCCUGCGCAGCGAACUCCGCAAGACGGACAAAAUCCGGCGCGAGUUGGAAUCCAGGCAUCAAGACAUACUCUCGGAAGUUACCAGAGAACGACAGCUCCGGGAGCGAUCCGAGGAUUACUGUCGACAGCUCCAAGCGGAAGCCCGCAGCCGGAGUUCGUCCGAAAUGGGCUCGUCCGUGUCACUUGGAAUCUCAUCGUCCGACUCGAUCCGGCUGGAGAUCGACCGGCUAGAAGUGGAGUACAGCGAAAAGAUCAACCUCCAGCAGUCCCGCUACAACACGGAGAUAUCCGCCCUCCGAGAUCAGCUGAACGAAGCGGAGAACCACCGCGAAAUGUUGCAGAUCGAGCUGCAACAGGCGCGCGAUAAGCUCGACUCGACACGGCUCGAAUCCCUCACCGACUCGGAGGAAACCAUCCUGGAGCUGCGCAAACGCCACGAGCGCGAAAAGAAGAUCCUGCUGGAUGAUAACCGAAAGAUGAUCUCCGACCUGGAGAUUCUCAGCGAGCAGAAUCGACGUCUGCAGAACGAGCGACUGCAAAUGGAAAGCGAUUAUGAGGAAUUGAGGAAUAAACGCCAAGCAUUCAGUCAGUGGGAACGGCAGAUUUCGGAGAUCAUCCAGUGGGUAUCGGACGAGAAGGACGCCCGCGGCUACCUCCAGGCGCUGGCCACCAAGAUGACCGAGGAGCUCGAGUUCCUGAAGCACUCCGGCUCGCUCAACCACAACGCCAGCGACAAGAACUGGCGCAACCGGCGCUCCCAGAAGCUGGACAAGAUGGAGCUGCUGAACCUGCAGAGUUCGCUGCAGAACGAAAUCCAGGCGAAGGCACUCAUCUCGGAGGAGCUCACCCGGACGCGAACGGAUCUGGUGGCGGCACAAAAGGAUUUGCGCGAAACGCGCCAGAUUUGCGAGUCGAUCGGUGGCGAGCUGAAGCGGAAGGACAGCCAGAUCAAGGAACUGCAAGCGAGGUUGGAAACCAACGAAGGAUUCCUGGAAAGACCGUCGUCGCAAAUGUCCUAUUUGGACCACUUCCUGAAGGAGUCGGGCGGGGGAUCCAGCUCGACAACGCACACCAACUCGACACUGGCCGUGAAUAUGCAGCCGUCCCAGCAAAAUAGUCAGCAUGUGACCUCCACGAGCUCGUCGUCGAACAACCUUACCAACACACCAAUGAACCAGCAUAACCAGAGUUUGACCUCGUUGCAUCAACAGCUGGCCCACCAGCAGAUCCAGCAACAGCAGCAGCAGCAACAACAAGCGCAGCAGCAUCAGCAGUCCCACACGUACAGCAAUGCGCAGCAGAUGCACCAGAUGCAUCACUCCAACUACUCGAUGGAGAGCGAGGAGGGCGAUGUCGAGGAUAACCGAGGUCACUCGCUGUCCAGCUCCAAGAGCAACCUCAGUGAUCAUUCUUUGAGCAUGCACAGCGUGAUGAUGCCGAAGCAAAAGGUGCACCAGUUUCUGGUGCGCACGUUCUCUAGUCCCACCAAGUGCAACCACUGCACCUCGCUGAUGGUUGGCCUGACGCGGCAGGGCGUCGUGUGCGAGCUGUGCGGGUUCGCGUGCCACAUGAUCUGCUGCCAGAAGGUGCCCACCCAGUGUCCGGUGCCGUCGGACCAGACGAAGCGCCCGCUGGGGAUCGAUCCGACCCGAGGCAUUGGGACGGCGUACGAGGGCUACGUCAAGGUGCCCAAGCUAGGCGCGGUCAAGCGAGGCUGGGUGCGCCAGUUCGUUGUGGUGUGCGACUUUAAGCUGUUUUUGUACGACAUUACGGCGGACAGGAGCGCGCUGCCAAGUGUUCAUGUUACUCAGGUAUUAGAUAUGCGAGAUCCCGAAUUUGCGGUUUCCGGAGUGCGGGAGAGUGAUGUCAUUCACGCCGCCAAGAAAGACGUUCCUUGUAUCUUUAGGAUAACAACCUCCCUACUAGACGGCGGCCCCUCGCUGCAAACGCUCAUGCUGGCGGACACCGAGUCCGAGAAGGCAAAGUGGGUCGUGGCGCUGAGCGAACUACAUCGAAUCCUGAAACGAAACAACCUGCCCAACACGGCCAUAUUCCGCGUGAAGGAGGUGCUCGACAGCACCCUCACCGUGAUACGAAGCGCGCUGAGCGCCCUCAUAAUCGACCCCGACCGGAUCCUGCUCGGCACCGAGGACGGUCUGUUCUGUUUGGAUCUGGACCGGUCGGAGAUUGCGCGGAUAGGCGAGAGCAAGAAGGUCUACCAGCUGUGGUACAUUGCCGAGGAGCAGCUGCUGGUGAUUUUGUGCGGCAAACAGCGCCACCUGCGGCUGCUGCCGAUCCGUGCCCUGGAGGCGACCGACGUCGAGUGGAUCAAGGUUGCCGAGUCGAAGAACUGCAUCACGGCGUGCACGGGCAUCAUCGAGCGGGGUCCCCAGCCGGUGUACUGCAUUGUGAUAGCGCUGAAGCGUCAAAACACCUCCCAGAUCGUGGUCUACGUGGUGAACCGGAACCGCAGCCGGCACCACAAGAUGUGCGAGUUUACCGUCGCGUACCCGGUGCAGAGUUUGCAGGUGCUUUCGGAUCUGCGACUAGCGGUCGGACAUCAGAGUGGCUUCACUGCUUACUGCCUGCAGGGCGAGGCACAAGCAAUGCCUCUAGUCCAUCCGGAAAAUCAGCUGAACAACUUCCUGGCCUAUUCCGGGGUUGAUGCCUGGCGAGUGAUUGAGAUUCAGUCUGGUCAAGCUCACGGCGAGUACUUGCUGGUGUUCCAGACGCUCGCCAUCUACGUCGAUCUGCAAGGUCGCAAAUCGCGCGAUCGAGAGAUCAUGUAUCCUGCCGUCCCUACGCAUAUAACCUAUUGCGACGGCCACCUCCUAGUCUACUCCGAGACGCAUCUGGACAUCUUCAACGCGCAAACCGCCGACUGGGUGCAGUCGAUCGGGCUGAAACGCUCCCGGCCGCUGAUGAACAACGGCAGCCUGUCGAUCACGACGUUCAACGACGCGUCGCACGUCAUCUAUCUGGCCAACAUGCAUACAAGAGAGCUUCUCAACCUGGCGCCGUUGGAUCGGGACGGUCGUUUGAAGACGAAACGAUUCUCGCUGCGUAACGAAGGCAGCCGUACCAUCAGAGCUAGCACCGAUCGCCGCUCGAAGCUGAUCUCGGCUCCGACCAACUUCAACCACAUUUCCCACAUGGGCCCCGGAGACGGUAUCCAGAAGCAGCGAUUGCUCGACCUGCCGACCACGAUCGAAACCGCCGACCAGACGAACCAGCACAGGGUUUCCACGAUGCGUCACGCCCCUCCACCGCCACGUGCCCCGCCCCGCCCGAUGAUGCACCCGCACAACGAAGGUUCGAAUAAUUCCUUCCCAGGCGCCAAACGGACCGCUCCGGCCAGACCGCGCGAUCAGCCGCCCUCGUUACCACGUUCUCCUAGUCCGUUGGGCAGCAUGUCCUCGCUGCACGAUGUACUCAAGCAGGUCGCCGACAUGCAGUCGGAAUCGCGGCAGAGUGUGGCCAGCAACAACUCCAGUUCGGUGUCCACUCCGCCGUCCCCGACGAACGAUCGGCUCAGCUCCAGCUACGACUCAUAGUGGUAAGAGAAAUGCUCACAGCGAUUGUGAGCAACGUCCCAAAACCAUUCGAUCGCAUCACGCUCUCACAGAUAACGUUCAGUUUUUAGCUGAUCCGCAAUGAUUCUAAAUCACUUAAGUUACUUACGUGAGUCCUUUAUCCCAGACUAGUUGGAAAUUAAAACAGAAGAAAAAAUACUCGUAACUAAUAUGAACUCCAUUCUGCUUAGUUCUUUAUUUAUUUACUUUCCCCUACAAACAUUUCCGACUAAAUAAUAAAGAUUUUGUUAGUGCAAAUGCGAGCUUCGAAACCCUAUUGAUCUCUCUGACAUGAUAUGACAAACCUAACUGUACUGAACACUAAAGCGGUUGUGUUGUCCCGCCGCCCUAGAAGGCGGGCACAAUCAGACGCGAGCCGCGAGUCUCUCGUCCUAAAUUGCAAUAAUUUUUAAACCUCUACUGAUAUAAAUUUAAAAAAGAAACAUCCUAUUACUGCUACGCCACUGUUCUAGAAUUUUCAGCGGAGUGUUGUUGUGCAAUAUCAAAUAGAAUGGAAUUAGGCAAAGGGGAGGUAUCGUUGAUGCCGGAUCGAUUAGUCGGCCGGCAUUCAGGGGGAGGGAUAGAACGACCUUCAAUUUUCACUAGUAGGUAAACAUAGAAACAAUUAUCACGUUAGCAAACAUUUCCUGGUCGCAAGCCAACUUUUAACCAUUUCAAUUUAAAGCAAAGCAAAUAAAAAAAAAACACAUCAACUAACAUCUUAAUCCUAAACAACGAGUUCGUGAACAACGGAUAAACUGAAGAAACCAGAAAUGUCUUAUCACUCCUUCUUUCCUAUAUCGUUCACAAAUUGUACACGAAUAUCAUGUAAUAAUAACCAUGUUGAUCGCAAAUACCAUAGUUGAAGUCCUGGCGUAGUUCUAUCUGUCUAUUCAUCGGUUAAACCAACACAUUACGGUAAGAUAACACACACUUCCCGCGACUUUCCAGGGUGGUUUCAGUUUUCAACUAGCCAUUCCCACAAUUAACACCCCUUAAAAAUAACAACAAAAAAGUUAGCAUUGCUAAACACCCCUUCUGUGUGUAAACUCUCAAAUUAUGUGAGACAAAUCACACGCCAAUGGAGCGAGAAAAACAAAGUCAAUAAAAAAGAAAAUUUAAUCAAAUUUACUACUACCUACUCUCACGCAACACUACUCUCGUAAAAAAAGUCGUUCAUCAACCAUCCAGGUUCACCGGAACGUUCUUUAAGACGGAAAGAGCCAACAUCGCUUAAAGGGAGAAAUUAGAAAGAAGAAGAAGAAGAAGAAAAAACUGAUGACAAUAUUUAGUAUUUCCGAUGCAGAUUUACUGUAUUUGUUGAUAAUAUAUACAAAUAGUAAGGAAGUACGCAUAGCAGAAAGGAAAAAAAACGGAUAAAAACUCUCAUGAACGCAAACUACAACAAAAAACUUGAACCAUGUAAAAUAACACAACUAAUUUAUAUAAAAAAAACAACCUUGCGUUAGGUUUCUGUUGUAAAAAGAACUCAUCGAUGCUUCACACUGUAUAAACAUCAAUUUACCAAUCGGUUUAAGUAAACAAACACUCACACACACACACACUCACUCACUAAGCACGUAACUUAACAUAAAAUCAUCGUACGCGAACAAAAACAACAACACAACUCAAAUGACACACUUAGUAAAAGUAUUUAUUUACAAACUUUCUGCAUAAUUUAUUUCUCCCACGAGUGGAUUUUACCAACCAUUCAGUUCGUAUUUUACAAACGUUUUACUGAUUUCAACACAAGCUCACCAUUUUUUUCACGUUUCGUUUUUACCAUUAUUCGUUUUUAACAAAAAAAAAGUCUCUUAAACGUGCUGGUUUUAACUGCUGUGCCACCGCUUGUUGUGCGUUUGAGUUUAGUAUAUGAGUAAAACUGACAAAUUACAAUAAACAGGAGUAAAAAAAAAAAGAAAACAAACGUAACGAACGAAACUAAGCGAAAUCAUUUGCUGCUAUGAAGACAAAAGUUGACGGAGAAAAAACAAAAACAAAAAUCAUGGAAAACAUAAUACUUCACUAAGUUUAAGUUAGCGGUAUGUAUAGUAUAUAUAUCGAAAGUCUAGUGUUUUAUAAAAUUAUAUUAAUUGUAAAAUUACCACGACAAAAUAUAUUAAUAUACAAGCAUUGAAACAUGGAAAAAGCAUCGCA